GAUUAAGACUUCAGUCGGUUCGUAGUUCAUCGUUUAUGGUGCCUUUGAUAGAGGGUAAACAGUUCAAAUCUAAGAAAGCUGUUCAGUAGGCAAUAGAGCUACAGCCUGACAACUCCUUAAAGAAGACAAAGGCACAAACUGAAGGGCGUUAACAUAAACACAUCGCAAGGUAACCAUGACAGCAGGAGGAUCUAAACAGAGCAACUUUGUUCUGCUUACAUUGGCUUUGCUAAUAAUGUUGGAGACCUGCAGUGUCCAGGCUUGCUGGACUGGCUCAGGGUCAGAGUGUGAGAAAGCGCCUUUCGUCCCAGGACACAACCUGGCCGGGGAGGGCUUUGAUGUGGUGCGGCUGCGUCGAACAGGGGCGUAUGUCAUCAAUGUCAAAGCCCAUCUGGCUGAUAAUCACAGCUGUACACUGUGUCGGAACCGCUUCCAAGGAGGACAGAUUCAGAAGCUCCCUGUAGCGGUGCUUGACUGGCGUCCCUUCAGCCACUGCAGUAAGCAGCUUUCUAGUGCCCUCCAUCACUCUGUGGACUCCCUUCUGCGCAGCUCCAACUCCCUGGUUAACAACAACUGGGGUCUUGGUUUGAAUCUUGAUAGUAUUGGCAAAGCGGUGCUGGGAGGAAGCCGCUCAGAUUUGGCAAAAUUUGCUCGUUCGCAGCACAGCGUAGAUAAAGCCACAUUUGCCAUCCAUGAAAUCAGCUGCACCUACUACAGCUACAGGCUGGCUGAUCAUCCCCAGUUGAGCGCAGAGUUCACAAAGCAUCUGAAGAGACUCCCACAGAGCUUAACCACAAGCCAGAACAGAGCCCUAUACAGACGGCUAAUAGACACCUAUGGAACACACUACAUACAUCAGGUCCAGCUUGGUGGUAAGGUGAAGCGAAUCACUGCCUUCAGGACCUGCCUGGCCACACUAAAGGGUUUCUCUGAGGCCGAGAUCAAAAACUGCCUUAACAUUGAGCUUCGAAUGGCUCUGGGUUUUCUCCCUGCCAAUGCAUCUUUCUCCAACAAGUGUGACAACAUCCUGAAAGGCAAUAUGACCAUGGGCUUCUAUCAAGGCUUCAUGACUCAUAAGAUCGAGGUUAUUGGAGGGGAGAGAUAUUUCCCAGAUAUCCUCUACCAUCAGGAACCAUCUGAAGCAUACCACAGCUGGAUGAACAGUCUCCACAACAGCCCUGAUGUAGUUUCUUAUGCUGUCUUCCCUCUGCAUCAGUUGGUGGAGGACUUGCAGAUCAGUGCUAAUCUGAGAAGCACUGUCACAGAAUAUAUUAAAGAAAACCAGCUUCAGGAGGACCUGCUUGGUUUCAAGAACUGCUCCCCGACUCCCAACUUGGAUCAUAACUGCUGUCCUUUAAGGGCUGGCAGAGGAACUCUUAGACUGGACAUCCACAGAGCUGCAGGUCUGAGGGCAGACACCUUUACUAAAACAGACGCCUACAUAAAGAUCUUCUACACCGGUAUAUACGAGGAGACUGAGACAGUGAUGGACAACAAUAACCCAGUGUGGAAUGCAACUUAUAACUUUGGUUCAGUUGAACUGGGCCAGGAUUUGAGGAUGGAAGUCUGGGACAGAGAUGUACUUUACAAUGACCUAGUGGGGAGAUGUGUGGUCUUUCCUGAGCGAGGAACUCACCGUCUAAGCUGUCAGCUCAACAGAGGAGUUCUCUAUUUCACCUACACCAUCAAAUGUGAUGCCCAUUUGACAGGUUUCAGAUGUGGACGGUACUCCCCCCGUGCUCAGUAGAUUAUUAGAUUACAAGGAUUACAUCCUUUACAUUACAGUGUUUAGAUUACAUGUAAUUUUAACAAUUUCUUUACACAUAAUGUUAAGUAUCAAAUCUGUUUGAUUCUCAGUCAUUUUGCUUGCAUUUUAAAUAGAAGCAUGUUUCAGCCUUUUUGCAUGCCAAACAAACUUGCCCCCGUUUUCUGAUAUACAAUGUCAUAAAUUCAUUUUCUAAACAUCUGUAGGAUUCCAUCCUCCUUGUAAUGCCUCAGUAUUAAGAAAAGCCAGUGACCGUUGCCACCACACCUUCUCCAUGCAUACCAAAAUAAAGAAAUUCUGAUUAGGCACAAGGUCAUUUACAGAUACAACCCUGAGCUGUGUUCAGCUUGAUGCAAUGUCGUAUUUUGAUAAUGCAUUGAUAUCCAAAAAGCCAAACACACACUUGAUACAUACAUACCAAUUUCUUACUCAUUCCAUGUAAACCAUAUACAGUAACAAAAGCAAUCAAGUAAUUCAGGAUUCCUAGAUUUGCAAUUUCAGCCUUUUGCUAUUCUUUGUUACUUUAACAUAAUUUAGAAAUCUUCUUUUAAUGCAUGUUUGGUGAAAUUGUAAUCACGUAUUAUUAUGACCUUUGUUUUGAGCUUCAUUUUUAAACAGCACUCUGCAAUCUCCCCUUCCCAUUCCUUACCCUUACACUGUAAAAAUAACUAAGAAACAAAAUUCCACAGACCUUGUUGUCAAACCUGGCAUUAAAAAGAUCCUUGACUAUUUUUUCCUUCUUACUGGCUGCUGCUCCUGCAGGCAUGAUCACACAAAUAUUUAUUCCAAUGUUUAUUAUUCAUUUCAAACAGGAACCUAAAAACAUACAAAUGAUACAAAUGACUUAG